AUGUUGACCUCUUCUCAGACGGCCGAGCCGCUGGCUGGGUCCCACGAACGCGCAUAUACCUCACGCACAGGGCAGAAAUACCCCGCAGACCUGCACCCCAUACCACUCCCUACCUUGACGCGUACCGCGACCCAGACCUCCGCCGCGUCGUUUUCAUCCACGUCCGACCUGCUUCCGCAUCACCACUCGCCCCAGCACGACAACAGGACGAGUUUGAAGGACAGGAUCACGUCCUGGUAUGGGCGACCAAGAAACUUCCCGGAUUCGAACACGGACGAUCGAGACGCGUCCCAAGCCGCUCCUGUCAAGAAGUCUCGCCGCCUGAAGGCUUGGCACGGGUGGCGAUAUGUGCUCUUCGGUUCAUGGCUCAACGUCUUCCUCUUACUUCUCCCUGUAUCAUGGAUAUUAAAGCUCGCUACCGAGGAAACAGACACGCUCAUCUUCUCUGCUUGUAUGAUCUCUAUGAUUCCUCUGGUCAAGCUCCACGACAUGGCCAUCAAUGUGUUGUCGCGGCGUAUGGGCGGUACCAAGACGGGACUCAUCAACGCUAGCUUUAGCAACCUGAUUGAGCUGAUCGUAGCAAUCACAGCACUGCGUAAAUGCGAACUGCACGUCGUCCAGUCUUCCUUGAUUGGUGCGAUCCUUAGCAAACAGUUGCUCAUUCUUGGAAUGUGUUUCCUCGCCGGUGGCCUGCGAUUCUAUCAGCAGGAUUAUGACCCGACUGCUACGAUCAUCCACUCGUCGCUCCUGAGCAUUGGCGUUGGUGCCGUCUGCCUCCCCGCCGCAUUCCAUUUUGCGUUGUCGUACAAUGUUGCCGAUCUGGCUUCAGCAGGGACGACUCUGCAGCAACAGAAGGCCGACUUGUUGACGAUGAGCCACGGCGUCUCCUUUCUUCUGUUGAUCAUUUACUUCGCGUACCUGGUCUUUCAGCUUUGUUCUCAUACUCAUUUGUACCAAGACAACACCAAGCCCAGCGAGAAGAUUCCUGGUGUUCCCCUCUCGCUAUCGGUCCGAUCCUUGACACAGCGUGUGCGGACGAAUAGUGGUACCCUUUUUCGAAUGAACUCGAACUCUCAGGCAGGCAAGCGGGACUCCCCGCGAUCCAAGGGCUCCCCCGCCGAGAUGAAGGGACGCCGUGUGCAGCACACAGAGAGGGAGAAGACCAGCCCCGUGGAGGAGGUCCCCGAGACGUCGUUCGAUUCCUCCGACGUAACCGGCGCGCAGUACGCUAGCAACCCCGACAACGCGCGCCAACGCCGCACGGCCUACCUCCUCUCGCCGUACGGUGCGACCUCGCAGGUGACCCUGUCCGUGGACGAGUUCGGCAACCGCACGGAGGACCCGACCGUGCGCCUCGUGCACGACAAGCAGAAGCGCGGGCGCAGUGCGAGCGUCAGCGACGACGGCAUCCUCGGCCGUCCGCGGCGGUACUCUGACUCGUCGGAGGGGAGCAGGCGGAGCUCUUUUGAGAGCGGCCAGGUCAAGCACAUCAGCGUGAACGAAGUCCUUUCGGCAUACUCGGAGCAGCGCAAGGACGGGGCCCGCUCAGUGCAAAUUGGUGUGGGUGCGAACGGGCAAGGCGGGGAUGGACAGAGCCCUUCUGUGUCGGGGGAGAAAGCGGGCGAAGACGAGGGUCCGGAGUUGAGCUGGACGAUGACGUUCAUACUUCUGAUCACCGUCAUUGUCCUCGUCACGAUCAACUCGGAGUGGCUCGUCGACUCGAUGGACAAUCUGUCGCCGACGCUUAGCAAGGAGUGGAUUGGGCUGAUCCUGCUGCCGACUAUUAGUUCCAUCGCUGAAUGCGUGACGGCCGUCAACGUCUCUGUCAGGGACCAGUUGACAUUGAGCAUCAGUGUCGCUGUCGGUUCAUCCAUCCAAACCACUCUGUUCGUCAUCCCGUUCAUGGUGCUCUUGGGUUGGAUCCUGGACAAACCGCUCCCUCUCUUAUUCGAUCCGUUCGAAACAGUGGUCCUGUAUAUCUCUGUUCAUAUCAUGGGAUAUGUCAUGGCAGAUGGCAAGUCCAACUGGCUGGAGGGUGUCAUCCUUAUCAGCCUCUAUCUUGUCAUUGCGGUCACUUUCUGGUUCUACCCAGGCUCCAGCUUCUCCAGCAAUCUGGCGGUCUGUGUCGACGCCGUAUCCCCAUGA